UUUUCCUCUCUUAUCUUUUUACACAGGAAACUGUCUGAUGCCUUCCACCUUCAACAUGGUAGAUCUCAGAAUGUUUUUGUUUCCAUGACACACCAAUUCUGCAAUUUGAAGUUCUAAACAUGCAUAAUAAAGAACUUACUUCUCUUCCAAGCCCAUGGCUGAAAGGUUGUUAAUAAGAGCACUGAAGGGUGGUAAAUACACUAAAAUUGUUACCUUAAAUGAAAAGAAGGUAACAAAGAUGCCCUCAGUGUUAGAAAGACUACCUGGCCUGAAGACAUUAGACCUUCAGAAUAACCUAAUCUCCAAAGUGUGCCCAGAGAUAAGCACCCUGACCCAGUUGACAACACUAAAUCUGGGAAACAACCUUUUAGAAGAAGUUCCAGAGGAGAUGAAAUACCUCACAUCUUUGAAGAAGCUCCAUUUAUUUGGAAAUAGGAUUCAUAGAUUUGCACCUGGAGCAUGUGAUGGCUUACAAAAUUUGAUCCUGCUUAAUCUGAACAACAAUCAGCUUACAUGGAUUCCUCAGGAAAUUGUCAGAUUAAAAAGCCUUACAUAUUUGAGUCUAAAUAAUAAUCAGCUAGUCAGCAUUCCUAGAGAACUUUGUUUUCUUGAAACUCUUUCUGAACUUCAGCUUAACUACAAUCAGCUCAUUUGCAUACCGGAAGAGAUUAAGUUCUUAAAGAAGCUCCAGAAGCUUCUUCUAAGCAGGAACAACAUUGAAUAUUUGCCAGAGGGACUUUGUAAUCUUUUAAACCUAAGAAUCCUAGACAUAGCUGGAAAUGUUAUUCAGAUGUUUCCACCAGGAUUUCAAGGUCUGAAGCUGAAGGAGUUCUACUGUGAAGGAAACCCACUCUUCCUGAAGCAGCCAGUUAAUGCUGUAAAACAAGAGGAUGUCUGGAGUCUACAGGAAACAACAUCAAGAUUUAUAAUGAAUCAGCUAGCAGCAAAGAAUCCUUUCCUAAUGCAAGCCAUAAAAUGGUACCCACAGGUCAGGAGCAUACUCUCUCAGGGAAGAAAAUGUGCAAUAUGUGGAAAGUACUUUUUAGCUACAUGGCUGGAAUGUGUUAAAUUUUUCCCUCCAUCUAAGAACUGGAAAAUAAGCAGAAAUCUACGGUUUGUACCUCUUCAAGUAUUAAUUUGUUCUUACAAAUGUUUUAAUCAACGUGAUCCCAACCUCUUUGGAAUUGCUCAAGUGUAG